GUCAAAAUCAGUGUGUUGCACAGUUGUCCAUGCACAAUGAAGUGGCCUGUCUUCUCGCAUGGGUAUUGAACAACUGCUCAGCAUAAUCAAAAGCACCAAAAAAAAUAUGGUGAAAAAAAAAAUUAGCGACGGAUAACGUGAUUUUAGAUCAAGCCGUUGAAAAAAAAAAACCAAGUGCAUUCGACGAUUGAAUAGUCAAAAUCAUACUGAUCAAAUGACGGACCUUACCUCUGUUAUUGAUGUCUCCGCACGAGGAGCCGAACAAUUCGUUGAACUUUACUACAAAUUAUACGAUUCACAGCGAAGUCUUCUGCAACGAUUUUAUCGAGACGAUUCAGCGAUUCUUUGGAACGGCAACGCAUUUCCUGGCAUUGCCCAAUACAAUGAAUUUUUGAAUAGCUUGGCCAAUUCAUCGCAUGAUAUUCAAAGCUUUGACUGCCACCCAAUACCAGCCACAAUGAAUUCCCAAGGAGCAUGCGGUAUCCUAGUGUCUGUCAGCGGCGCAGUCAAAUACGGAGAUAGCCCAAGGAAGCGAUUGUUCUCGCAGGCAUUCAUGUUGAUACCCGAUAUAGAAAAGAGUGGCACAUUUUACAUUCAAAGCGAGAAUCUGAGGUAAUGGGUCAGGAUGCAAGUUGAACGCUAUGUCGCAAACUAACCAUCUGCCUUGUCUAAACCGUCCAUUACAGAUUUGUGUAAAAUAAAAUUUUAAAAAAAGAAUUUCAUCCGCUCAACUCUCUUGUAACCCCAUUACAUCCCCCUAUUGUAAAAUUAUUAAACACUCAAUAUUUUGGACGCACAUCAACAAA